UACCAAACCACGUCACUAGUUCACUAUAGCAUGUCGCGCGCGCCGGUAUUGUUCGGCCCAUUGCAUUAUAAGGCCGUUAACUACUUCGCUAGAAUGACUAAUUCAGUCAGUAAUUUUCCUUGAAUUUUGUUACACGAUAAAAUUGAAAAUUGCAACUAGGUACCUACGCUGUACCUACAUUUUACUUGAAAUUUUAAACAUUUCCAAUUUCAACAGUUUGUUUUGUCACGUGCGUAAACAGUUUUGUGUGUGUCAAGGUUGGAUGAUACUAGUUUCAAUACAACGACGCUCAUGAAUUGUUCAGGUGUCUGAAAAUCUACUUGAUACCGAAAAUUGUGAUCUGCUUAAUGAAACGGCUGACAAGAUUCGACACGAAGCAUUCAAACUUUCUAAAUCUAUCUCUGUGUGUACAGCAGUGACAUCGUUUAGAUAGAAAAAAUUGUCACCAGUAUGGCACCGACAGUUCAACAUUAUAAAAUGAUCACCAUGGAUUUGAUUAAAGAACUUCAUUUUAUGGACAACGACUACAAAUUAGACGACGACAAAACGUUUGAAAAUAAUAAUACAUUACUAAGGAAAGAUACUACUGAUGACAUAAAUAGUGAUGCAAACUUUGACAUCGUUAAAUAUGAAGCGAUGGAAUUUAAAUCACGAAUAAAGUGGCCUGAUUUAUUAGCGCAAACAUCAUUACACUUAGUGACGAUUUAUGGAGCGUAUCUUAUUUUAACUAAUACAGUGAAAUUCCUUACAAUAAUAUUUGCUUUUGGCACAAUAUAUACAUCGGGUUUUGGAAUAACCGCAGGCGUUCACAGGCUUUGGUCUCACAGAGCGUACAAAGCACGGCUGCCGUUCAGGAUUUUACUUGCCAUACUUUUUACAAUAACAGGACAAAAAGAUAUCUAUACGUGGGCAUUAGACCAUAGAGUACAUCACAAGUACUCUGAGACAGUGGCGGAUCCGCACGAUGUGCGAAGAGGAUUCUGGUUUGCUCAUGUCGGUUGGUUAGUCCUGACGCCUCAUCCAGCGGUAGAAGACAGACGAGUUGCCUUGAGAAAAAUUUCUACAGAUCUCAUGGAUGACCCCGUAGUUAGAUUACAAAGGCAAUUCUUCAUACCUUUAUUUAUAUUACUCAAUGUCAUGCUCCCCAUUGUAAUACCAAUGUACUUUUGGGAAGAAACGCUUCUGAACAGUUUUGUUGUGAGCUUCGUUACGAGGUUCACGGUGACACUUAACAUCGCUUUCUGCGUCAACAGCUUCGCACAUCUAUGCGGGAAUAAGCCGUAUGACAGAUUUAUCAAAUCAGUCGAGAACUCGAUGGUGAGCUUGGCAGCGCUCGGGGAGGGGUGGCAUAAUUACCACCAUGUCUUCCCAUGGGACUACAGGACGUCGGAGCUAGGAAGACUAAACUUGUCAACUAAGUUCAUCGAUUUUUUCGCUAAGAUUGGUUGGGCAUAUGAUUUAAAAGCUGCUACACCGUCUAUGAUCCUUAAGAAAGUGAAUCGAAGUGGGGACGGCAGUUUCCAUGGUAUGGAAGAACCUGAUCCGACUUCCAGUAUAAAUUGUAAAGCCACAGACUAACUCAGGGUAUAUAAAAAUGGACGACGCUUUUGAUGUUUCCACGACCACUGACUGUACCCCAUAUUUUUAAAUUUAAAUUAUAUGAAUUUUACUGUCAAUAAAAACAAAUGUAUUAAAAUAAAACAAGCCUCAGUGUAAUUAAAUUUUGCAAUGGAA